UAGUAAUAAUUAUAAUAAACUUUAGAAGUUAUUUUUUAAUAUUUAAUAGCAAAAUUAAUAGUUGCUGAGCUGAUUGUGGUAAAGUUUAGAAAUUAAAGUAUCCUUUUUAUUAGGUAGAUACCUAGGUAUAUCUAUUAUAAUUCUCACGGGUCGCUUCUCAUUCUGAGAGGAGAACCGUUCUCAGUGGUGAGCUGGCGAUGGGUUGAUGAUGAUGAUGAUGAUGAUAUUAUAACAGCAUAUGUUGUGCCUUUAACCGCUCACAACGCAAACUAAGCUAGUUUAAGCGAGUUACGUGUAGGCUACUACAUUAGCAAAUAGGUCACAGGCAAGCAGAGAAGACAACACUUACCUAAUCUUGAGUUUCUAGGUAACUCUGAAACAUGCAUCCUCUCCGAGAGCGAGCUUGUGAUGAGGUGCUUGAGAAACUUAAUCAGCUGCGCUCGCCGCCGCCCGAGCCGGAGAAGCCACGGCCGCCGCGCGCGCGCAGGAUAAGAGAGUUCAAACUUCCACCAAGAUUUCCUUUGUUAUCGAAAGAAUUCUAUGCCUCGUGGUGCAAUCAUCGGAAAGAGUUGCAAAUGGUGAAGCAUUUUGUGGACGACCACCCGCCGCGCCUGAUACCCGAGCUGUACCUCAAGCCGCGCCGCCUCAACUACUACGCGCGCCAGCUCGAGGAGAACAUGAACGUCAACAAGGAGCUCCUCAAGAAGAUUAACGUCAUACAGAGGACAGGGGGUUUUGUAGAUUGUUGGUUGCAUCCAGAACCGACCGAUACAUACAAUAAGAUGCUGUGCAAGCAAAGACAACGGGUCCUCGAUGAAAUGCGAAGGCAAAAUCUCUAUUUCUACUCCAGGCUUCUUAAAGCGAGAUCUGAGCAACCUUUGACCAAAGAACUUGAAGAAAGUUGGAAGGAUACAAAACACAAACUUAUUUUAGGAGCAACACUACCGUUCAUCCUGUUCAAGACUGGAAAAAUAGAUCGCGACAUAAAAGAUCCCGCGUUUGAUAAGCCCCCGUCUGUUAACCGCACCAAGGUUUCCAUGGAGUUGUGGGUAGUGGGCGGCUCCAAAAUUGGCAAAGUUACAAUAGAGCUUUUCACGGAUAUUGUGCCCAAGACGUGCCAGUUGUUCCUUAAUUUAAUACGUGGCGAUGGCGAUGGACACGCCUACAUGGGCACUAGGCUUUUUAGGAUUGUACCCAACUUGUUCUGCCGUGGAGGAGAUGUUUGCAAAGACAAUGGUUUCGGUACUUAUAAGCCGGAUGAAGUGGAAGAAGCGAUGGCUCCAGAGAGCUUUAAGCUUAAACAUUCUGUACCUGGAGUACUGUCCAUGGUCGUAAGCUGUGAUAAAGAAGUUUAUGGUCAAUUUAACAUAAUAUUCAAACCAUUACCUCAGUUUGAUGGUAAACAUGUGGUAUUUGGCAGAAUAAUAGCCGGUCCAACGCAAACACUGGAGCGUAUAAGCGCGCUCGGUCUGCCUCUGGGGACCACCACUGCCGACUGUAUAGUGCGGUGCUGCGGCUGGUUCACGCGCACCGGACAGUACCGCGAGGGCAACCCCAACACCAUCAAGUUCCCACCGCGACGAAAAUAAAAGGAAAUACCCUUUUGAAGUACCGCCGUUGUUGCAAACUCCCUGGUAGAUAAAACCAUAGAUAUGUACAUAAAACACCACGCUGAUUUAGUUUACAGUCCGACACGCGCUUCGCAAAUGUUAUGUUUUUGUGUGUUAUGUUUUUCCAAAACUUACGAGUAUACAAACCUUUUACAGAAGAUGAAUUUGUAAGAAUAUUGAAUCGUAUUUUGUGGAUCGAUUUAGUAUAAAAUAGACCUACGUGGAAAUGUGGAGCAGGGAUCGUUUUAAACCUAGAAGACGUUGAAGACAACGCAACGGUCAAGAACUUCUGGGAAUUACGAUUAGGUACGUGUCGCACUCCGAGAUGCUAUUGGAUUGACUUUCAUAGUCCAAUCUUGUACAGACGACCUCACCACCCUUAGCGCAUAACCCGGAUUUCCUUGGACAACGCCAUUGUCUUUGGAGUUUGGACUAUAUCAGGGACACUGUCUCGUACCAGUUCGUUUCGCGUAUCUACAAAGACUGAGACCUCUAUGACUUUGUUUUUUUUGUAUUGUAUUCUUUUGCUGUU